AAAGCUAAACAAACAUUCACUCCUAAAACCAUUUCCCGCAUCUCUUAAGCUCAUCAGAUUUUUCGCCAUUUUCAAGCUUCUUCUGAACCCUAGCCAAGAAGAGGAAGAAGAAGAAGAAGAAGAAUAGAGCACUAAUCAAUGGCGAUGUCCCAUUUUGGUUGGUGUUAUACAGCCAUCGGUCCCCCAUUUUAUCUCCAUCACUCUCUCCCAUUUCGUCUUCAACCGCUGCUCAUUCACUCGAACAUCGUCAAUAUCACAAUCGUUAGAUGGAAGCUCGGAAGAGAAUAGGAGUGGCUGUGGCUGGAUUUUGCUCUGCCCUGCUUAUCGCUGCUUUGUUUUCAUUGCUCUGGUUGUGGAUUCACCGGCAGAGAAGAAAUGCUGGUAAAAGCAAACGGAAAGAUGCUGAGAAAGGGAUGGGAUUAGCUCCAUUUGUGACUGGGAAGAAGGGAUGUGUAUCGGUGAUUGAUUUCAAAGUAUUGGAGAAAGCUACUGGGAAUUUUGGGGAGAGUAAUGUAUUGGGUGAAGGUGGGUUUGCGAGAGUUUAUAAGGCUUUGUUGGAUGAUAAUUUGGUCGUGGCUGUGAAGAAGCUUGACUGCAGUGGCCUUCAAGCUGACACAGAAUUUGAGAAUGAAGUGAAUAUAUUGAGCAGAAUUCAUCAUCCGAAUAUUAUUUGCCAAUUGGGAUGUAGCAGUGAGGGAGAUGCAAAGUUGAUUGUUUAUGAGCUCAUGGAGAAUGGAUCUCUAGAAACUCAACUCCAUGGGCCCUCUCGUGGUUCGGCCUUAAAUUGGCACAUGCGGAUGAAGAUUGCUCUCGAUGUUGCAAGAGGAUUAGAAUACCUUCACGAGCAUUGCCAGCCUGCAGUUAUUCAUAGAGAUUUGAAGACUUCCAACAUCCUUCUUGAUGCCAACUUCAACGCUAAGUUGGCUGACUUUGGGAUUGCAAUCACUGAUGGAACCCAAAACAAUAACAAAAUUAAGCUUUCUGGCACCUUGGGAUAUGUAGCUCCAGAGUAUCUAUUACAUGGUAAAUUAACAGAAAAAAGUGAUGUGUAUGCUUUUGGAAUUGUGGUACUAGAGCUUCUGCUUGGAAGAAGGCCGGUGGAGAAACGGCCAACACCACAAUCCCACUCUAUCGUCACGUGGGCGAUGCCUCAACUCACAGAUAGAUCGAAGUUACCAAACAUAGUAGAUCCUGUUAUUAGAAAUACUAUGGACCUCAAACACUUGUAUCAGGUUGCUGCAAUGGCUGUGUUGUGUGUACAAGGAGAAUCAAGCUAUAGGCCUCUAAUUAAAGAUGUUCUACACUCUCUAAUUGCCCUUGUUCCCAUAGAGCUUGGAGGUACCCUAAGAUUAAACACACCACCACAAUGAUCAUCCUUUUUUCCCCUUUCAAAUGGAAUUGUCAAUGUAAACUAAAUAAAAAUAUACCAAUCAGUAUUUGUGUCCAUUUUAUCUACUUUUUUCAUUUUAA